CGGGACCCGCUGCUCUCUCGGCAGAGCCCGGCGCGCACGAGACCCCCAAGAGGUCCCUGAGCAGGAGGCCGCGGGGCGCCGCGUUCAGCUCGCCCGCCGCCGACGGGGACGCGCAGCAGGAGAUCUUCUGGGACCCGCACUCGCCCAUCGCGUGCAGAGCAGGCAAUGAAAAAAAGAAGCAGAUCAGCAGUAGAUGCGCAGUGGAAAUUUCAGAGAUUGUUAAUCGUAUUGCUCCUCAGGAUGAAAAAGCAGCCUAUAGUGGAGGAUCCCUUUUAGGGACAUGGAUUGGUGAGGAUGCCAUUCCCUGUACACCUGGGGUAGUAAAACUGCGAGCUAGGACAAAGUUAAGUUGUAUGAGAGAUCUUAAAAUAAAAAAUCCUGAAGAGGAACUAAUGAAACUGGCUAAGGAAUUUGAUAAAAAUCUGGUGGAGUUUGAUGCUGUUCAGGAACAGGAGAAGCUUUGUCAGGACUUCAUCCGGAGAGUCUCCGAGACUUUGCCUACUGGUGAAGAGGACGUGCAGAAGAACCUGAAUUCGGUCCUGGAGGACGUUUCGGAAGCGGAUGUUGCGCUCUCCCUGAAAGCAGUGGCAGAGAGCACGGGCAUCGCUGCUGCAGAGCCGGGCCAGGCCAGCAGCCAGAAGUCCAUAGACCUGGAAGCUGAAAUAGCCCUUCAUGCCCUUUUUGAUUGUUCCACCCAGAAAUGUAGUGGACAGCUGAGCCAAGGACUGUCGGGUAUUUCUUUAAAUAAUGGUUUCCAGGAAAAUAAAAGCGUCUUGGAGGAGGACCACCUUCCUGAGCCAACUAAAAACAAGCAAAAUGUUACUUCUGAGAUGUAUCAAAAAGAUACUUCAUGUUUACAGGGAGGCACGAACCAGACUCUUCCAAAACCUCAUACGUUUCUGUUGACAAAACAAGAUCCUUUGAAGACGAAAGUGGUGGCCUGCAGUAAGGCUGCUAAUGUAGUUCCUGAUGACUUUGAUGACUGGGAUGCAGACUUUUUGACAGAUGACUCUUUUGUGAUGCAAAUAACCCAAAAUCCUGAACUGAUAAAUACGGAGGAGGCUUCACCAGUUCCUACAAAUCCACCUGUGCUUGGUCUCUGUGAUGCUAGCAGAACAAAGGAACAAAGUAGUUGCAAGUCGGUAAUUUGUUUGGAGAGUUUACACAAAUCUAAUAGUUUGCAGUAUUUGCCUUUGAAACAGUCUAGUAAAAACACACAAAUUGUUGCAAAAUCUCUUUCUUUACAGAGGUCAUGUAAUAGUACAGAAACGUCAAAGACACAGUCUGCUUCCUUUCAUGGCAAAUGUGAUGUUAAGCCAGACAAAAUAAAUGCUGCUUGGAAAAGUGCCCAAAACAAUGAGUUUAACUGUAUUCCUGUUUCCAGGCAAUCUCAGGUGAAGAAUGGAAGUGAAACUAUUCCACCUAAAAGUAACCCUCUUCUUCCUCUUCCUUCAAGAUCUAAUCUUUAUAGGCCACAGACUGAAAAACCGAGGAAUACUGCACACUCUAUUUCCUGUCAACCAUCCAGUAUUUCUGCUAAUGGAAAACCUAACAAUGUGACUAAAGUGGUCGGCCAAGCUACGGCAGGUCACUUGAACCGAGCUGAGAUACCAAAGAGGGGUCCUCUGUCAUUUGACUGGACUGAACCGAAGUUUUCUGAUGAGGUUUUGGAUAUGUUUUGUGAGUCGGAUAGUCUUUGGGACACAAACUGUGAGGAUGAUGAAUUGUUGUACCAGGUAUGUGACGAUAUAGAAAAGCAGACUUGGAGCCAGGAUGCCAAACAAGGAAAUGAAAGAGCUAGAACUACAGAAGGAGCCGGCAUCAGCUCCAGGUCAGCUGCUGGAAACGGCUUCCCAGCCUCUAAACAAGGGCUGUGCGAUCGCCUCCCUGCUCAGAAAGCAAACGUGAAGCAGGAGCCGCUGGCUGUGAGCGCUGCCGGCAGCAGCAGCUCCAGGGCUGCGCACGGGCUGACCACAGCAGCUCCCACGGCGAGCUGCAGCAGCGUCUCGGGUGCAAUAACUGUGAUCUGCGCUGCUCCUGUGGAGUGUAAAUACACGCUGCCUAAAAGCUGUCAUCAAGCGGCUUCUGAGGAUACUGCAAAGGCUAUUUCAGGCAAAUGGUACAGAUCGAAUUCUGUGCCAGCAGGAAAGACGGCCUCUGAAGUCAGUCCUGCUAACGCAGUGAGCACUUUCAGUAGCAAAGCAUCAGAUAGCCUGUUGUGCAACGUGGGGAGGACGCUGUAUAACAGCUCUGGCAACAAAACGCCACUUGUGCCUUCAAAGUUUAAGUUCCGAAAGACAAACAGUGCUCAGGUCACUCUGCGUGCAGAGUCUGAAAGCCCCGAGUGCCGUUCCGGCACCGGGAUCACUAUGCAAGGUUUGGGAGAAAGCAACAAUCAGCUGAACACGGCUUUGCACAGCAAGCCUGAAAACACAAAACUGCCUUUCAAGAGACACCUCUCAGAGUCUUUUGCACUGCCUACAUCAGGGUCUGUGGUGGAACAGAAAAACAGAAAAUGUUCUCAAGAAGAAAUUGAAAGGAAAAAACAAGAAGCUCUCGCACGAAGAAAAUCCAGAAUGCAGGCGUCCUUAAAAGAUGUGUGA